AUGGUUUCAGAAGAAAGCCCUCUGCUGGCGUCCACUGCGCGUGUUGAAGCUAUUUAUGACAGGUUUGCGCCACAUCAGAAGAGGCAGAUCGUGUUUAUCGUCUCUGUCGCGGGUUUUUUGCCUAUGUUCGUCUCAGCGACUUUAGUGCCUGCCAUCCCUCAGAUAGCUAAAGAUCUCAACUCGACGCAUGCUGUCGUCAGGUGUGUUAUAUGUUCAUCUGACGUGACAUUUGGUGAUGGAGCGAUUUCCCAGCUUGGCUUUCAGUCUGUCGAUCUUGGCAACUGCUGUUGGAUCGUUGGUUUGGGCUACGUAUUCCUCUUUCUCCCUACAGAUGGACGCCGACCGAUAUAUUUGUGGAGGAUGCCAUUUUUAUGCGCCGGAAGCUGUGGCGUCGCGACGUCGACUUCGCUGCGAAGUCUGUUAUUCUGGCGGUUCGUGCAGACGUUUGGAUGUUCUGGGGGAAUACCGUUGGGUGCUGGUGUUAUUGGUGACAUCUAUAAAUUGGAGGAGAGGGGGACUGUUAUUGGUGCAUUCUUUGGUGCCACACUUUUUGGGUUCGCUAUUGCCCCAUUUCUUGGAGGUGCAGCGGCGCAGUAUUGGUCUUGGCGCAAUUUGCACUAUUGCCUUAGUGCAUGGGGCCUGCUCGAAUUCCUUCUCAUACUUAAUUUGUUUCCUGAGACAAGCCAUCCCGGGACAUUGGGCAUUGAUAAAAUACAGCGCAGGAGAUGGAUCCAUGUCGCAUGGGUUAAUCCUUUAAGUUGUCUCUGGUUGCUUCGGAGUCCGAACCUAUUCGCGGUUAUGCUUACGUCGACUCUAGUGCUUCUCACUGACUACGUUCUCCUCGUGCCGCUGGCGUAUACUAUCGUAAGCUGGCAGUCAUCUUCUGAUCGCAUCCUGAUCGCGGUGCAGGGCAUCCGGUAUGGAAUCACGAAUGAGGCCAUCAUUGGGGCGUGUUUCCUCCCAAACGGAUUGGGAAACUUCAUUGGAGCACCGAUUGCUGGCCGCCUAUCGGAUGUUGUAGUCAAACGAUGGCAGGAGAAGCGCAAAGGAGUGUGGUUCCCCGAAGACCGCUUGAGAGCAACAUGGAUUGGAGGGCUGAUCAUGGUCCCGUUGUCUAUUGGAACAUCGGGGCUGAUCACGACGUAUGUUGGGGGCCGGAUUGGCCUUUCAUUGAACUUAUUGUGUCUUUUUCUGAACGGAAUGGGAGUCGACUUCGUGUUGAAUCCCAUUGGUUCUUAUCAUGUUGAUGUAGCGCACUCUCGGAGCGCAGAAGUCAUAGCCGCUAGCGCAGCGAUCCGAUCAAUCAUUCUAUCUACUGCGACUGCUCUUGUCAUCCCAUCGGUCGAACACAUAGGUGUUGCGUGGACAAACAUUAUCGCAACUGUCCUUGCGCUCAUUGGACAAGGGAUCAUUUUCUUGACGAUUCGUUAUGGCGAUCGCAUGAGGGCCAGCGUUGAUGUCGGUUUCUCGAAUUCCAACUGA